AUGAAUUUAUACUGUAUAACUAAUUAUGAAUUACCAUACUAUGAUGUACAUUUACCAUUGAAAUAUAAGGAAGAACUACAACUGGAUUCAUCACCAAAUGAUAUAUUUAAUUCAAAAUUAGUUGUUUAUGGUGAUAUUUUAAAAUUACAAACGAACGGCAUUUCAUUUACAAUUUUACAAGAUUUAAAAACUAUAAUAUUUAAACCAGUUGAUUUUGAAUCAGGUGGUAAAUAUGCAAUUAGAAUCAAUUUACCAAAUAAAUUGAUAUCUACAAACUCGAUAGAUGUGAGUUUAACUAAUGAUAGGAUAAUUUUAAAUUUAAUAGAUGAGAGUUUUUUAUUCAUUACUAUACUCGUUAACUUAGACAAUUUUGUAAAUCCUUGGUUAUCAUUAGAUAGAUUUGAUAAAUGGGGACAUAUUUCAAUUCCAUAUUCUUUUGAAUUAAGAUCAAGUUUGUACUAUUUGAAAAAUAUAAAUGAGAAUAAUAUAAUUGUUUCAUUGAAAGAUGGUGGUUUAUUACAUUUUAGGAGAGAUAAUGUUUUUGAUGAUUUGAAAGUGUUUAAUUUCCAUGAACCUACUUCAUUAAUACCAUUCCUUGGCUUUUUCAAAAAGGAUAUUGUACUCAAUGGAAUUUCCGCAAAUUCGGUAAUUGACUUGGUGGUUAGAGAUCACAUUUUAAUAACAUUGACAGUUUCAAAACAAUUGAAAAUAUGGAAUUUGGAUAAUCACCAGCUAGUUAAAACUGUUGCAUUAAGUAAAGAUGAUAUUUGGUUAACUAGCAUACCUAAGAAAUAUUUGCAAUUAAAUGGUGAUAUAUUAACAUUAUUCAUAAAUGAAGAUUCCAAAUUUAUAUUCAAGAGUUUCAAUUCCAAUUUUGAGAAAGCUGACUCAUUUAUUCCAGAAUCACCAGGUUCAAAAUGGUUUAUUCAAGAUUAUCAGAUACAAAAUUCAUAUUAUAUAUUAUGGAAAUCAAAUACAUCUUCAAUACUAGGUAUAUACAACAACAACAACAACAACAACAACAACAACAAUGUUAUAUUUUCAAAAUUGCCUACUCAAAAUGAAGAAAUUUCUGCAUUUCAUGAAGAAAGUUAUUAUUUUAAUAAAAUUUUUAAUUCGGGGUUAUAUAAUUCAUUAAUUGUUGAUACUUCAUUAAGUAUAUUAAGUCAACAUGUUAAAACUAAGGGACAAAAUAAUGACUCAAGAUUAUUUGCAAUUGAAAUCCUAGUUACAAAAUCAUUAUGGUUUAAAUUUUAUCAAUUAUGUGAAGAAUAUAAAAAAUUAAGUAAUGAGGUUUUCUCAUUGACUUUAUUUGAUAAUUUAUAUUUAUCUGUACAAUCUAAUGGAAUUGGAGUAUUUAAGGAACUGCAAUUUUAUGAAUCAUUCAAUGGGGAAAUAAUAAAUGUAUUUGAGAAAAUUAAGGGCUCAAUUUCAUUCAAGACUUAUCAUAAAAUAUAUCAAUCAUUAUUGAAAGGUGAAGAUAUUGAUAAUUUAUAUAAAUCAUAUAUUAAAAUGUCAAAUACAGAACAGCAACUGAUCUUAGAUGAAUUAAGCAAAAUUCCAAAUGUAUUAGACACAAUUAAAUCAAUAAUAAAUAAUAAUGAUUAUGAAAUGCUAGAAGCGGGACAGAUUAAUCCAUUAGGUCAUUUUGGAAAGAAUUUAGUUAUAACAUCAUUUCAAUCAUUAAUUGAAGUACAUAAAUAUCUAUUAAUUGAUUUGGCUAUUUUAUUUUCAAUCUGUGAGUCAAAUGAUCAAAUAAAUGAAUUAUUUAACCAAGUGAUCUCCAACUUGAAGCAUUAUCAAAGUCUCGAAAUUAUAAUUGAAACAAAUCCAGCUCAUUCAGGUAUUAGUAAUGUUGAAAAUUCAAUGUUUUGGAGCAUGGGAAAUCAAAAUUUUAACCAACUACUUUCAAAUUUAAAAAUAAAUGAUGCUUUUGAAUAUUUAAGUAAUGUAUUUUCAAAUUCUGAUUAUUUAAUUCAUGUAAUCAUGGAAUUAAUAAAUGAAAAUAAAUCAAAGGAGUUAAAGAUAUAUUAUCUUGAUAAAUUGGGAAAUUCAGAUAUAGAAAGAGUAUUAAAAGGAUUGAUAUAUUUAAUAAAUAAUGGAUAUAAUGAAGCUUAUUCCAUAUUUGAAAAUUAUGAAUCAUUUAAAGAUUUGGAGAUUAAAAUUUUGAGGAGGUUGAGUACUCCAGGUAUAGGUAAAUUCGUCACUCGUAUAAAUAAAUUUGGUAAAGCGGAUUAUUAUUAUCAAUUAUCUACAUUGACACUCACCAUUUUUACACAUAACUCAACAGAAGAAAAGAGUCAAAUAGAAACAAGUACAAAAUUGUUAAAAUUGGCAAUUGAAGCAUCUGAAAAUACAUCACACAUUGAGAAGUUUCAAUUACAAAUCUUCCAUAACUCACUCAGAGUUUCAAAUUUUGAAGCUGCAGUUGACUCAUUGACUUAUCUCGAAGAUAAUCCUCAAUUUGGUAAUUUGAUUGAGAAGUUGAUAUUAAGGUUAAUUAAAGAUGAUUUUAAAUUUAUAAUGAAUGAGGAUAAAUUGUUCAAGAAACAUUAUUAUUUAAUUGAUGGGAUUAUUUCAAAAGCAGCUGAUGUUUCUAACUCAUUGACUAUUCAUAAAUAUUUAUAUUCAUUUAGAUUAAAUCAUAGUGAUAAAAGAAGUGCAAUUGAGACAUUAUACCAAUUUAUUACAGAUAAUAAAGAUUCAAAUAUUAAAGUUAAAUUGAUUGAGUUGUAUUUGACUAUUUUGAAUUUGAUGAAAUGUCUUCAAGAUGAUGAGAAGUGGAUAUUGAAAGAAGUUGAAGGUGUUAGAGAAGUUGUUAAUUUAAAUGAGUUGACCAUCGAGUAUUUAAAAUUUAUAGAAAAUGUAUAA